AUGGGUGCAUUUGGAAACGACUCGUCCAUCGAGGGCGAUGUUUAUGUCCAAAGGCUCGCCACCUACAUUCGUAGAAAUGAAGAGGCAUUGGCGAAUGGUCUUUUGUGCUUCUCCAAAACGAGAACACUGUCAAAGGUAAAACCGCUUCGGCCAAGCUUUACGAUUCAUCAUCUUUACUAUGUCACUGAGCGGAUCGCUAACUCUACAUUAGAUGUUGACACCGGACCUCUCAACAUCAAGUUGGAUACCCCAAAUCAUGAACCGACAUUUAUCUCAUUCAUGGCCAAUAAUGCUCGCAACCAGCGUCACUUUGAAAGUGACGCCAAAUCCAUUACUUCGAUCAAUUCUGUUAAGUCUAUCGUGUCCAGUGCGUCUGUUUAUUGGAUGUCAUUUUCCUUCAGUAAAGAUCCAAAAGUCAUUCAAAAAGAUGUGAAAUAUUUGUAUUCGUCUUUCACCAAGAUUCCAUGCUUAGUGCUCAGUCCUCAUACGAAGAUCAACAGUAUUGCCGGUUACGAAGAGUACCCCUGUGACACAUCACUCCCUCUUCGAAUGUUCAAGAAUCUUCAAGUGUUCGAGCUUUUUGAGUAUGAGCCUCAUGAGGUCUAUGGGUGGCACACUUUAAGUGAAAAGUUACGCAUACUUAUUGUCCGCAAGACCAAAGUUUCAGAUUUGGCAGAGAUACUUUUCUCGUUGGUAAUUGAUGAUGAAAAUGGCAGGUCCUCUUUCAACAGCAAUCGUCAAAGCCGCAAAUUUCCAUACAGCAACAGUCCCGAUGUCAACGAAGCUCAAAAUCUCAUGGCUUCGCAGUCCCGGAUGCGCCUGGAAAGGACAAUGUCUACUCCUCACUUUCUGAGCAAUUCAUGGAGGGACGGCUCCUACAACCCUAGAGAAGAUAAACACAUUCAUUCAAACAUCUUGAAUGAGCUGUCUAGUAACAAAUUACCAGAUGCAAAAUGGCAGUACCUCAAACAACUAACUGUUAGUGAGAGCUCUAUCGGCUCUGUCAUGCCAUAUGUCUUUGAGCCGUUGACCAAUCUCGUCAAAUUGAACCUUUCUGGAAAUUUACUUGAAGAUAUUCCUGAUGGUCUUCAUCAUUUAAGAAACAUCAAGUACAUCAAUCUUGCUGACAAUUACAUCACUAACUUGAAAAAGCUUCCUCUGAACUUGAAACACCUCACGACAAUUAAUUUCAACAAUAACAAGAUUGAAAGUCUUGAUGGGAUCCAAAAUCUUUUAACGGUACAACGUGUUGAUCUCAGGCGAAAUAAAUUGAGUGCACUCUCUCAAUUAAGAGGGCUUAUACAAUUGGUUGCCUCGCCAGGAGCUGAACUUAAUAACAUCUUUAUCAGUAGUAACAGCCUUCCAAGAACAUACAGAGCAGAACUAUUCAACCUAUUUAAUGGUGCCAGGCCAAAGAAUGAGAUCAAAAUCGACGACUCCAGGCCAGGAUAUUUUGAAAGCGCGAUGCUUUUAGACCCAGAAGGGUCCCUUAAACACUACCGAAAAUUUAUGAACUUGGAUUCUCCAGAAGAUUCGGAGCUGCAAGCAUCAGAGCAGGAAUCUGUAGCUGUUCCUCCGGCCAUCUCUAAAGAACUUAACUUAAGACCCCGUACACCAGAAAGGCAACGUGUUUCGAGCCGACUUACAUCUACAAGUGAUGUCUUAGAGUCUUUGACAAAGCUCGACAUCCAAGACCUCGAGAAUACCAUUACUAGCCGUAAGCAGAGUAGUGUGAUGACCACAGCAUCCUCAACAGCGGAAACGACGCCAAAGGUAUUCACGCCAACUUCUCUGGUCAACAGUGCUCAGUCCAGCCCGUCACUCAAGAGCUUCCCCAAGACAAUAUUACCGUUGCUUCCAAAUCAGAACUUGGGUAAUCAGCCACAUUAUCCAACAGGAAAGAUGCCACCAAUGGUUAGACAAUAUCUGUCCCCAAUGUUGUACAUGACUGGAAAUGGUUCAGAAAGUACUCUUAGAAGCUCAGUAACAAUGCAUCGUAUUGACUUAGACUCACCGGCCACACAGAAUCCAGCGCCGAGUGUGAUAACUGCAGUUCAAGUACAGGUAGAGGGUUUUCAAUAG